CCUGCGCAUGCGCCCGGCCCUCCGGCGGGCUUCCGGCAGACCAGAAGCUUCGGUAGAGCGGGACGCUGAGGAGGAGGAGGCGGCGGUGGCGAUGGAGCGUUACGGUGAGGCGGCGUUGAACGCCGUCCCCGUGCCCGACUUCAGGCCAAAUGAGGGUUCAUUAACAUCAACUUUAAGAACGCUUCUAUUCUUCACAGCUCUAAUGAUUACAUUACCUGUGGGGCUAUAUUUUUCAUCAAAGGCUUAUAUAUUUGAAGGUACCUUAGGAAUGUCCGACAGAGACAGCUAUUUUUAUGCUGCCAUAGUUGCUGUAGUUACUGUUCACGUGGUACUUGCUCUCUUUGUAUAUGUAGCAUGGAAUGAGGGUUCUCGACAGUGGCGGGAAGGCAAACAGGACUAGAACGAAGACCGUCGUCAUCUGACGCCUACAGACUGUAAAUCAAAGCUUUGUGAGCUGAAGGAAAAGCAUUCUUCAAAAUGUAUAAUACACGCGUACAAAGAUAAGGCUAAUGCCUCAACCCUGGUUAGAAUAAGACUUGUGCUCAUCUUGAA